AUGUCCGUACGUUUAGUAUCUAUGAUAGAUCAAAUUGGACAAAGCCUAUCAAUGAAUACAGCUGCAGCUGCACUCUUCGUAGACUUUAGUUCUGCGUUUAAUCAAUUAUGGUUUAAUGGCUUAUGGCUAAAACUUAACAAGUUAAGUUGUCCAUUAUAUAUAAUAGCUUGGCUGAAACAUUACUUAUGUGGUAGAAAAGCCUACACUGGUAUAAAAAGUACAAUUUCAUCCACGUUCGAACUCUCAAAAGGUGUACCACAAGGAAGUUGCAUCGAUCCGGUGCUAUUCAUUGUCUACCAUCAUAAUUUACUCGAAUCUCUGUCGACUAUCCAUUGGAAGCACUUGUUUGCGGACGAUUUGGCGGUAUCGAUUGCACCAUCAGCAGCGCUAUCACCAAAGAAGAUUAUCAAAUCACUUAAGAAACAACUAGUACAAAUACUAAAACGUUUGAUAAAAUAUUCUACCCAAUGGAAACAACCAAUUAAUUAUGACAAGACGUACUGGACACUAUUUAAUCGUCAAGGAAAUCCUAAAAUACCUACAAUAAAAUGCAAAGGACACAAGAUUGAACAUUUGAAUCAAAUUAAGUACCUUGGAACAAUUCUUGAUGCUAAGCUAUCUUUCACAGUGCAUCUUGAUUACAUCAAAUCAAAAAUACGAUUAAAUACAAAUGUUUUCAAAAGACUUGCAACCAGUCGAAUGAUGAGCGAAAGAGUCAAUUAUUGUCUCUACAAUGCAUUCAUCUGA